AUGAGCAUCUCGGACAAUUUUGUGGUGGCCCCAUUUCCCGAAGUUGCCGCUCCUCCACAUAAAGCGUUGCGACCCUCGCCACCACCCCUAAAUCCUCCCUCUUUAAGCGAACUUUCUGACCUCAACAAUUUAAUGGCCCCACCACCAAUCCUCACCAAGCGAGAUGGGGCCGGGGUUGCCGGCUACGUCAUCAUCCCCGUCGCCGCGUUGUGUGUGUUGAUCUUCAUCCUCGUCCACUUUAUCCACUCUCGUCGCCGCCGUCAACAGCAAGGCCAUGACCACAACCACGAUAACUCCCACCGCCACGUCCAGCCGCUCCCCAUGAGCUUGCUACACAUGCACGGGCCUGGCCACCACCACCGUAACCAGGAAACUGGUCCAGAUGAACAGGGACAGGUCUAUUUCGGCACUGAGCCCGCCCAGGACCCGGUGCCAUUGUACACCAAGUACCCCACGGAACCACCGCCGGUGUAUGACCCUAAGCAACCGACAGUGGUCCGCACCACUGAUGUUAGGGAUUCCAGUGCUAAUCACACUAAUGGCGAGACUGGUGAAACCAGGGAGGUAAUCGACGAUACCCCAGCACCCCACUAUCCUCCCCGGCUGCCACCACCUCCCAUUGACGACUCACGCCAGCACUCAUAG